AACGGCAAGCAAAGGGCUGAGUGCAAAACAUAUUUGAUUCUGAGGUGUAACAGAUACUGAGCUUUUAUCACAUUCUGCUUGACGGGACAAAGGGAGAAUACAUAAGGUCCACUGGUGCGAAUUUAACCAGAUAUCCUGGGGGGCACACGCAAGGUCUUACGCUAAAAAGAAAAAACUGAUAACCAUGCACAGCAUGUACUUUAGUUUCAUGCUGCUAGCAUGUUUCAUCCUGGUUCUAGCGAUCUCAAGUCGUGGUUUGGGAGGUAGGAGUCAUGGCGAAGCCCCCCUGAACAGCUGUUACUAUGCGCCGGGAGGAGAUCUGGCUAUCGAAGAGAUUCCUGGAGAUCUCUGCACCAACGUCCUUUAUGCCUUUUGCAGUCUCUCUGGCGACACUUGGGAAGUGGAACCAAGGAAUUAUCAGUUUGACAUCGAGGAAGGAGGAUACAGAAGGUUCGUGGGACUGAAGGAUAAGUUCCCUCACCUGAGGACUGACAUCUCCAUUGGUGGUGGGGGCAGUGAUGCCCUGAAAUUUUCGACGAUGGCAGGUGAUGAGGCGAAGAGGGCCAUUUUCAUCGCAAGUGUUGUCAAAUUCUUAUAUGAUCAUGGUUUUGAUGGUUUCGAUGUCGACUGGGAAUUUCCGGAGACCAAAGAUAAAGAUAAUCACAAGAUUUUGCUUCAAGAGCUGAAAGAAGCUUUCAAGAAGGAAGGACAAGGCUGGACAUUAACAGCAGCAGUACCUACCGGAGGCUCCUGGGCUGGCAGCAUUUACAGCAUUCCUGACCUCUGCAGCACUCUCGAUGCAGUCUACAUGAUGGGAUAUGACCUUCGAAGUGACGCAGAUGGAUUUGCUGAUGUCCAUUCCAUGCUGUACCGCAGACCAGACCUGGACACUGGAAGCUACGAGUACUGGAAUGUUAAUGACGGAGCCCUGUACUAUGUAGAAAAUGGCUGUCCACGAAACAAAUUGGUUAUUGGCGUUCCUUUUUAUGGCCACUCAUACAUUCUGAAAGACCCAUCACAGCACGAACUUCAUGCACCCACGGAGGGAGGAGGAACCAUCUCCUACGCUCAGUUGUGUAAGAGAAUGAUCGAUGAAGCUGGUUGGGUUGAAGACUUCGAUGAGAUAGGCCUCGUUCCAUUCGCCUACAGCGGUAAAGACUGGGUCGGAUACGAAAACAUCAAGAGCCUUGAGCUGAAAAUGAAUUACAUCCGUGAAAUGGGCUUCAUGGGAGCCAUGAACUGGCAGUUGAGCCAUGACGACAAGCUUGGACAGUGCAACCAGGGAACGUUCCCACUCAUGAAAACUGUCUACAAUGGACUUAAAAACUACACUGUGCCAGCUUCUACCACCUAGAUGCUCAAGAGAAGUUUUUCCUGAAAAAGAGCGAGAGAAAACUUAAUUAUUAUAGCUACUUAAAAAUCAUAAGAGGUGUAUCAACAAAAUAAAAAUGCUGAGUUUGUACACUUAAUAUUGCAUAAUAGGUGUGUGUGUGUGUGUGUGUGUGUUUCUUUUGUUUUUGUUUUCUCUGCUUACAUUACAAAAAAAAAAAUAAGUUGAUCUGGUUUUUCAUGUUUGUAGUUUGAUAUCUGUGAGUUCACGACUUAGAUUUUUAUCAUUUUCAGGUUAAUUUUGUGACUAUUCAUGAAGAGCCUAAUCUUAAUUUGUUAAUUCAUAUUUGCUGAUUCUGAAGAUAAAUAUGUAUUCUCUGUAAUGGUAAUUGAAACUUGAAUUAAUUUUGAGGGCAAAUAUUUUCCUGUUAUUUCUAUGCAUACAUUGAUGCAUCAGUAAAAGUCAUAUUCACGGGAAACGGCGGCCUUUCUUUCGCCCCAUGUAUUUUGUGGCUAACGGCGACGUUCGUCCCCAAAUUUUAUCAUAGAAUGAAGUCGUCCUGUAUCAGAUUUUUUUACCUCAUUGUAUUAUAUAUGUGUGUGAG